AUGUCUGCCCAAGAAACUUCGUCGGUCAUUCGACCAAGCGCAUCAGACAUAAACGGCACCAUCAACAGCCUGAUCCAUAACCUAGUAAACAUCAAGGAUGAGAGUGGGCGUUUCCUGCUCCAUUUAUCGGACGGUCGCAUAAUUGACACAAAAUCAUGGAAUGGCUGGGAGUGGACUCAUGGAAUCGGCCUUUACGGGAUCUGGAAAUACUACGAAUUGACCGGCGACCCCUCGCUUCUCAAGAUCAUCGAAGACUGGUUUGCAGCCCGUUUCGCGGAAGGGGGCACCACCAAGAACAUCAAUACUAUGGCGGUCUUCCUUACCCUAGCCUACGUCUAUGAGAAGACCAAAAAUCCUACGUAUCUUCCUUGGCUUGAUACAUGGGCCGAAUGGGCCAUGCAUGGCUUACCACGUACCCGCUACGAUGGUAUGCAGCACAAAACGUAUGCCAUGGAGCACAAACAGCAGCUUUGGGACGAUACGCUGAUGAUGACCGUGCUACCACUGGUUAAAAUCGGCAAACUACUCGGGCGCGAACAUUAUAUCCUCGAAGCCAAGAAGCAAUUGUUGAUCCACAUUAAGUACCUGUGUGAUCACAAGAGUGGCCUUUUCUAUCAUGGUUGGACUUUCGAAGAGGGAGGCCACAACUUCGCUGGCGCGCUGUGGGCCCGUGGAAAUAGCUGGAUCACUAUCGUCAUCCCCGAAAUUAUUGAGCUCAUGGAGCUCUCUCCAACGGACCCGCUUCGUUCAUACCUCGAGGAUACUCUGGAUGCUCAAUGCGAGGCGCUCCAACGGUUGCAGGAGCCCUCUGGCUAUUGGCGGACAUUGCUUGACCAAAAGGACGACGGUUCGUACAUCGAGGCCUCGGCAACGGCUGGAUUUGCUUUUGGGAUCUUGAAGGGUAUUCGCAAGCGCUAUAUUGGCGAAGGCUAUCGGGCUGUGGCAGAAAAGGCUAUCGGCGCUGUGCUGAAGUCAGUUGAUGAGAAUGGCGAGCUACAGAAUACUAGCUUCGGGACAGGAAUGGGGGAUGACCUUGAUCAUUACCGAAACAUUGCUGUCACAGCUAUGCCUUAUGGGCAAGCAAUGGCCAUGAUGGCUCUUGGGGAAUAUUUGAGAACAUACAUAUAG